AUGAAACACAAAAUACCAACUUUGGAUCUACUCAAAACAACAAGACCAACUAGUAGAAAUGAUUCAAGAUAAUAAUCUCAUGUGUCUUUUAGAAUUACAUUACAGACUCCUAAAACUACUGUACGCUAUAAUAAUCCAUAAACUUCAAGAAUAAUAGAGUAAUCUAUACUUAAAAAUGAUAUUUCUUAACUCAAAUCUAAACAUCGUAAAGCCAAGACUGAGACUGAUCCUCUUGUAUUUUGGGAUCAGGUUCAAAACUUUGGACACUUGAGAACCAUAGAACCACCUAAAUUUAAUCAGGAGAAGCAAACUUAAUUGUACCAAAAACUUAAAAAAAUGAAAAUUGAAAAAGAAGAAAAAAUUAGAAAAGAAUAGGAAGAAACAGAAAGAAUAAAGAUUUUAGAAUUAGAAAGAAAACAUAAGGAGUAAUAGGCAUUAGAAUAAGAAAAAAAAAGAAUGGUGGAUUCUUAAAGAUAUUAAGAGUAUUUGGCUGAAAGAUACAAAAUUGAUAGAAGAUUCUCAAUUUUCACUUUAGUAAAUGCCUUAAUGUUAAGAAAAUUGCAUUCUAAACCAACUUCUUUUAGAUUAGCCAAAUUGAUUGCUAAUCAAUAUCUUAAUCUCUUAAAUUACAAAGCCAUCUUACACAAAAUUACAAUGUAGUAAUCCUAACCAUUAUAAAUCUCUUAAAUUUUAUAAGGAAAUGCAGAAUAAUUGGCAUAAUUAAAGAAUGUAUAACAUCGAUUGAAUGAAGGUUUAAUAUUAAGAAGAAAACAAACUAGAGUAUUCUUGAAUAAAUAAAAAACAAUCUAUGAAUAAAGUCUAAUUCCACCUUAAUUUUCAGAACCUGUACUUAAACGUAUUCGUUUUCUAUAAGCUUGUCUAAGAUUGAAAGUGUUUAAAUUAAAUAAAAAAAAUGUUGAACCAAAACAAAAAGUAAAAAGUAAUAGAGUACAUCCAAAUAGAGUCAAAGCACUUAAAAAAAGAUUGGAUGAUAUUGAUUUUAUAAAAGCCAAUUCUCCUUCUUUCAAUAGUCCAUUGUCAUCACCUGGAUAAACUGUUGCUAAUCCAUUAGGUUUAUUUUGUACACUCUAUAAGGUUACUGAUACUCUGAAAAAUUAUGAUAGAAUUAAAACUCAAAAAAUGAUACAAAAAACUAAUGAUUAUUUAGUUAAGAGAGUAUAAUCUUUAUAUUAUCCUGUUAUAAGAUAUGUCUCUAUCUUCUACAAAAAUGUUGUUGUUUGGUCAAUUUAAUAUUCUGAUAUUACUUUAGAUCGAACAUGUAUAGUAUUAUUUUUUAAAGGUGAAGGCAGAUCUUAAUAUUUUUAUCGUUUAGAUAUUCCAAUAGGAGCAAUAUAAAAAGAAGAUAUUGGAGAAUAGAAUUGUAUUACAGUAUGGCCAACAGUUCGUGAUUAUCUUAUGAAUUAUUUAGAAUUGAAAGGAUAAUUGGCUCUAUUAAUAUAAACUAAAUAUGGAUGUGCAAAGAAUUAUAAAUUGAAUUUUAUUUAAGGUUUAUCGAUGCGUUCUAGAAAGAAUAUAACAGAAGAUGAUAUUAAUGCUAUAGUGGAAACUAAAGAAAUUCUAAAUUAUCUAUAAACAUCAUAAAUAGUUAGAAUAAGAAAGAUAUUUGGAUCAGUUUAUGAAUUAUUACCUUAAUUUUAAGAUUGUAAUCUUUUGUCUGAUACAACAUAAUAUAUUUUGAAUUUACCUCUUGUUCAUGAUACAAUUUUACAAUUAAGAAUACUAGAACAAUAGAUCUUAGAAUAUAGACGUAACAUUUAUAAAAAACCAUAGGAUUUAUCUACAAGAUAUAAGGAUUUCAUUGAAAGUAAUAAAAGUAUACUCAAUUAAAUUUUGGCAUUCCGUUUUGUACAUAACAAUAGUAUGUUCUUUUAAGAUUAAAUGCUUGAAGAUAUUUAUGAUUUAUCUCAUAAAUCUAUAUAUAUACAAUGUACAACAAUCAAUAUAUAAGAUAUAUUGAAUCAUUAUGAUUUUUAAAUAUGUAAUUAAAUCAGUAAAUAUUGUUUAAUAAGUUUACAUUUAACAUUAAAAAGUUAAUUUCAUUUUGAUGAUUUAUUAUUUAAUGCAUAAAAACAUUCAGUUAGAACAGGAUUUUAAAUUAUAUCUAAUUUUUUUGAUGUAGAUUAUUCACAUUUUGAUUGGAAAUUUAAAUAAGAAUAUUUUAAAGUAAGAAUUGAAGUAACAGUUUUUGAAAGAGAUAAAUCAUUAAAAUGGAGUGAAAAACAAUUAUUUUAAGAUAUCAAAUAAUCAAGAAAUGAACGUGCUUUUAAACCAUUGAAAAUGAAUUUGGAUGAUUUCUGUAAAUUAGGAUAAGCUUUAUAAGAAACUACAUUUAAUAAUGGAGACAUACAAUAAUGUAAUUUUGAUUAAAUUCUUAAAAAUAUUAUAUCUGAAUAAUGUUCAUAUUCAUAAGUAGCUGAUAUUGUAUUGAAAAAUGCAUUUACUUUAGAUAUAAAAAAUAGAAAAAUUAUUAUCUAACCUAAAUAUCUUCAUAUUUUAUCAAAAACUCAUAAUUUUAUUUAAAAGAUGGAUCAUUAAAGUCUUUACAAUAAAAUAGAUUGUGUAUUUAAAUAUAGUGUAUAUCCAAAUGAAUAAAAUGAUAUAAGAAGAGGUUAUGAAAAUAGAGAGAAAGAGAAUCAAAUAGCAUAAUUAUUACCUUUUAAUAAAUUAUUUUAAGAUAUAAAUCAAAUUGAUAUGAGAAUAACAGUUGAAGCUCGAAAAAUUGAAUAAGUUACUGAUUAUGCCUUUGAUUUUUAAGAUUAAUGGAGUGAUUUACAUAAAUAAACUAUGACAUACAAUAAAUAUUAAAAUUUUGAAAUGUUUUAAAGAAAGUUUUUAUUUAUUGAUUAAAAUAACUACAUGAAGAUAAUUUAUAUAAAAUAACAUCAAUAACCUAUCAUAUUGUAUUUAUAUGAUUAACAUUUAAUACAUUAAAUUUCUAAUUGUUAAAGAAUGAAUAAAUAUUAAAAAUGUCAAAUCUUAACAGGAAUCAUUCGUGUAUUAUAUUCCCCUACUUCAUUUUUGUAUUUGAAAGAUCAUCAAUUUUACAAUUAUUUAAAGGUCUAAUUACCAAAUUAUCAUCAAAUAAAAGUUUUAUUAGUUAGUAAUUCAAAAAAAUUAUUAUAAUAUUUAGAUAGAUUAGAUUAUAUUUAUAUUUUAAAGUUAUGGAAUAAUUAAUAAUGUUAUGUACAUGUGAAAGUAUAUUAUUUAUAAGAUCAUAAAUAAUAAAAAGGUUCAGAGAAAAUAUAUGUUUAUGAUGAUGAACAUUUAUUUGUGAGUGUAGAAUUAUAUGAAUUUAAUUCAAAAUUGAAGAAAUAUAUUUUAUUAUUUAAUAAGUAUGAUUUAGAACUUUAAUUUGAUGUUGAAAAAUAUUUUGAUUCAAACAUCAUAUUUAAUUGGUGUAAGGCUAUUAUAUCUAAUACUAAAUUUGAUAAGAGAUUCUUAUAUAGAGUACCUUAGAUUAUGAAAUACAAUUAAAAUUAGUCCCCUGUUAAUUUAAAUAAAUAUAUGCUUAAUUCAUUUUUUAAUAGAUAAUAAUCUAUUAAUGUAAAUUAUAAUGAAAAGGUAACUAGAUGUACAUUUAAUGAAUUUCCUAAAAAUAACUUUGAUCAAAAUAUUACUGAUAAGAAUUAUUUAAAUACUGUUCAUAGAAUUUUUAGAGUAAUUGGACAUUAUAUUUAAAAGUUUUAUAUAAUUAAAUAAAAAAAUAAAAUAAAAAUAAUUAAUGAAAUGUAAUUUAAAGAAUUAAAGAAUAUCAAAUUAAUUAAAUAAGAAUUUGUAAUUAUUUCUAUUCUUGCUCAUACUUAUUUAGACAUGUUUUAAAUACUUUAUUACUUUCCAAAAAGUAAAAGAAAAUUGAUGACAUAUAUUAACAUAUUACAUUUUUAAGAAAUGGAUUUUAAAGAUCAUUUGAUAUUCAAUUUGAUUGAUAAUUCUUAAUUUCUAGAUUACAAUGAUUUAUCUAAUAAAGAGAAAGGUAAUCAUAUAAAUUAAAAAAAACAUCCUUAAUUAGAUAUGAAUUUAAUUUAGAAAAUCAAAUUAAUAAAGAAAUCUGAAUAAUCCCCUUUUGAUUUAUAAUCAGCAAGAUAAAAGAAAAAAUUACAUUCUAGAAUUGGAUUUGCUUAGAUAAGUAAUGAAAUUUUAAUGAAAAAUAAAGUAAUUAAGUAAGCUAUUAAUCAAAAUAAUUAAAUUUCAGAUAAUGUUAUGAAAUUUUUAGGAUUUACAAGAAAAUUACAUAAUAAUGAAGAUAAUCAUGAUAAAUUGAUUGAAAUAUAGAUAUGGAAUAGAUUAAUAAAUGAAGUAUUUCUAUUAAAUUUAGAACAUGAUAAGAAUUUUAAUAGUUUCAAUACAUUAAUGGAUAGAUUAAUAGAAACAUUUGAAGAUAUUUCGGAUUAAAAAAUAAAAAUUAUAGGUAAAGAACAUUUAAUGAAAAGAUAAUCAAUGGAAAAUUCAAGAUAUAAUUAUAAAGUGUAAACAGAAUUAACUGAGAAAUUUGAAAAAUUGAUUAUUAAUAAUCAUGUUAGAGUUACUCAAUAAUUCAAAUUUUCUAAAAGUAGAUAUAUUUUGAAUACUAAUUUCUAUGAUAGUUAGAUUAUGGAAUUUAUAUGUAGUGCAUAAUUUCGAAUUGAAAGAUUAGGUUCAGCUUAUGUUGAAUGUUUCUUAGAACCUUUGAAUAAUAAAAGAACAGAUAUCUUAAAACCUUUGAAUCCUAUGCCAUAUUCAUCAUCUUCUAAUUACAAUAUCUAUUUUAGAUAUUAUUGUUUAACCAACUAUUUCUUUAAGGAUAUAAGAGUCAAUCUUAGAGAAUUAUUGAAUUUAUUUAUAGCAGAUGGUUUUUUUAAAUCUUAAACCAAUUAUAUGAAUAGUAAAUUAUCAAUUUCAGAUAUUAUUAAUAUGUGUCAUUAUUUAACUUACAAAAUUAAAACAUAAAACUAUUUAAAUUUAUCAUAAUUGGCUUUGCAACAUUAAGAAACAGCUAAUACUCUAAGAAAAUAUAUAAUUACAGAAAGUGUUGAUCAAUUCUAAAUUGAUAAGAAGAAAGAUGGAGAAGGAUACAUUUAUAGUGAAGUAAUAAAAAAGAAGAAUAAACAUUUAGUUUUAUUAUAAUUAUAAUUAUUUCAUACACAACAUAAAGUGAUAGUAAAUAUAUUCGAAAAUAAGACAGAUUAUUUUUAAUAAAAAGAAUUAACAUUCACUUAUAUUUAAUCUGUAGUACCUAAUUUUUAAUUCCUUAUCAAGACACGUAAUUAUUUUAAGGCUUUAUAAAGAUUAGUUGAAGUACUUAAAUAAAAAUAAUGA